AUGGACAACACUUUGUUCAACUACGCUGGCCUGCGUCGCAUGCUCCAGUGGGCAGAGGCCGUAUCGAAAGACUUUCGAAAGGCCUCCUUCGAGCUUCGCGCAGUGAAAGAAGGCUUGCAUGUUCAGAGACCCAGGUGGCAAGUGUGCGUCGACGAGGUGAACGACGACAUGCCAGAGAUUGUAGGCAAGCUGUACGUGCAGAGCAAGUUCAGCCCAGAAGCCAAGCACGAGGUCCAAGAUCUUGCGAGAAGACUCAUGAUCGUCUUCAAUGAAUCACUGCAAACCUUUAAAUGGAUGGACGAAACUACAAGAGAUGCAGCGGAGACAAAACUGGCUCAAAUGGCAACUAAGAUUGGAUAUCCCGACUGGCUUUUCAACGACACGUACAUGGAGGAACUUUACAAGUUUGUGCCACAACUAUCCGUCAACACAUCUUACGGAGAGAUGAUGUACGCCUUAUCAGACAACCACUGGAAGCAGGAAAUGCUGAAGCUACGAAAGCCGUACAGCAAGGAUACCGAGUGGCCGGUCAGUCUAGCCGUUGUGAAUGCUUUCUACAACCCCAAUGGUAACGAAAUGGUGUUUCCUUCGGGAAUUCUUCAGGGAGUGUUUUACGGACAAGGACUUCCACGUUCGAUCAACUUCGGAGCCAUCGGCACAGUUGUCGGUCAUGAAAUGACGCACGGCUUCGACGACACAGGAAGUCAGUUCGACACUAAUGGUGCGCUUAAAGAAUGGUGGACAAACGAUACACGGACCAAGUUCACGGAGAAGGCGAAAUGCUUCGAGGAAGAAUACGGAAAUAUCACAGACGUGGAAACUAAUAUGACGCUGCGCUAA